AGCUUGACAACAUCUAUGACACUCUGUGCUCUUCAUAUUUGAUGCAGUAUAUUGCUAAAUUCAAAACCAUUCAAUUCAGAAUUUAUUAAUUGUUUAUCCCCCCCCCCACACUCCUUUACUACAAAGGACAAGUAGGUACUUAAGAACCAACACUACUUCAUUUUAAAUUUCGAUUUGUAAACUGGUUCAGGAAGCUCAGUGUGUUUGGCUGUAAUUUCACAGUCGCCAAUGUCGGCUGCAAUACCUUUUCUUGAAUCUCAUUUCAGGGUUGAAGGACUACACGGCAAUCUUGGCUCUACACACCGUGUUGGACUUCUGGGAGUCUGUGGGCGUUCAAAGGAUCCGGGGUUACAUCAAAGGCCUUAUGACCCAGGCUGUGGAUUUACUGGUGGGCCGAUGGAAAACAGGGCUGCUAGCCCCGAGAGAGAUGUUUGGAUCCAUGGUGUGCGUUCGACUUCCGGAGAGCCUUCAGGAGGACAGGGCUGCAAACUACGAGCAUGCGGAGACCAUCCAGAACGCACUUUACAGCCGCUAUAACAUUGAGGUUCCCGUCAAGGCUUUGGCAGGGUCGUUGUAUGUGCGGGUCUCUGUACACAUCUACAAUGAACUGGAGCAAUACCAGAAGCUCGCAGAUGCCGUAGAAGAGAUGAUGUCCAAAUAGGCGAAGCGUGUAGGGGGGAACUGCAGGUCUCCACUUAUCCUCCAGCAUUUCGGAGAAAACCAACCGAGAUGAGGCUCCUCCUCCUCUCCUUGUUGCCACCCCACCCCAACCCCAGACAGCGAACCCCUUCUGCAUCCUCUCCACAUCCUUCCAGUGAUGUGGGGACCAGAACUGCACGCAAUAUCCUUGACCGGACUUUGCUGGCUUUACCUUGCACUAAACGUUGUUCCGUCAUCAUGCAUCUGUACACUGUUAAAUGGCUCCAUUGUGAUCAUGCAUUGUCUUUCUGCUGACAGGAUAGCACGCAACAAAAGCUUUUCACAAUAAACAAAACUGUCAAAUCACACGCAGCUGAAUCAUUGAUUUCCUGACUAUUCUACUCAAUUCCCCAACCAGUGAAGGCUGGCUCAUCAUACACCCUCUCUACCACUCGAUCCACUAGUAUUGCCAUUCAGGAAGUUAUGGACUCGGACUCCAAAAUCCAUCUUGUACAUCGAUGCCGUUAACUGUAUACUUGCCCCUUACACUCACCCUCCCAAAGUACAACAUCUGACAAUUUAGUGUAAUUUAGUUUAAUUUUGAGAUCCUGCGCGGAAACAGGCCCUUCGGCCCACCGAGUCCGCUCCGACCAGCG